AGGCACUGCACAAUUGUUAAGAACCAAAGGAACCCUUUUUCAGAGUUUAUUGUUUAAUAGAGCCAUGGAAUUGAUUCAGAAUCUGCUUAACUUAGUGAUUCCCCCAAUCACUGUAGUUUUUCUUUGUUUGAUACUUCCUUUUUUCUUUGUUUUCAAGUUCAUCCAUUUUAUUCUCAGACACAUCUUUCCUGAGAAAAUGAGGGGAAAAGUUGUUCUCAUCACUGGGGCAUCUUCUGGCAUUGGAGAGAAUCUAGCAUAUGAAUAUGCAAAGAAAGGAGCAUAUCUAGUACUUGUUGCAAGAAGAGAGGAAAGCCUCAGAAAAGUUGCAGAGAAGGCUGGUCAGCUUGGUUCCCCUGAUGUGUUAGUUGUUCCUGCAGAUGUGUCAAGAGUUGAUCAAUGCAAGAAAUUCAUUGAUGAAGCUGUGAACCAUUUUGGUAGAUUGGAUCAUUUGGUUUGUAAUGCUGGGAUUGGUAGCUAUUGCGCAUUCGAAGAUAUUCCUGAUGUCACAAAUUUUGUACCAGUGAUGGAUAUAAACUUCUGGGGAUCAAUCUAUCCCACUUAUUAUGCAAUUCCUCACCUCAAGAGGUGCAAAGGCAAGAUCAUUGUGAAUGCAUCAGUAGCUGGGUGGAUGACUGCACCAAGGGGAACUGUGUAUGGAGCAAGCAAAGCAGCAUUAAUACACUUCUACGACAAUCUGAGAAUCGAAGUCGGUCCGGAGAUUUCGAUAGUUGUAAUUAGUCCUGGUUUUGUAGAAUCAGAGAUUACCCAAGGCAAACAACUAACUAAGCGAGGGAAAGUUGAACAAGAUCAAGGGAUUAAAAUAGUCCUUAGAGGAAUUGGAAUUCCAUUUGAGAGUGCAGGGGACUGUGCAAAGGCUAUUGUGACUGGGGCAUGCCGUGGAGACAGAUACAUCACUGAGCCAUGGUUGUAUAAUAUGCUUUACCUCUUAAGGGUCCUCUGCCCUGAGUUGGUUGAAUGGACUUCACGCUUGGUAUACCGUAGCUUGCGAAGCCCUAGUUAAGAGAGAGAUUGAUGAAACUAUGAGAUGUUGGAUGCUAAUGGAU